CGAUUGAAUACUUUUUAUUCUGUGAAAUUGUUCUUUCUAAUUUUUCUACGCUGUAUUGAGAUGAAAAAUAAAUCUAGAAGUUUUAAACUUUCAAACGAUAUAACAAUGUGCACCGUUUCUAUGAAAUUAAUUAAUAAGUUAUCAGUUUGAUAGGUCUGUUCAUAUCCGCAACAAAUUGUAGCACAAGUUGAUUCCAAAAUGGUGGACGUUUGUUGUGUCUUUCAAGUGAUUUGUUAAAUAUUUCGCCUUCGUAAGUAAAAUUUAAUUCUAUUGACUCAUUUGAGCCUUUGAAAAAUGUAAUGCGCUUAGUUCUUGUCUUGAGAGGUUCUUAUAGAAGUUAAAUAUGGAUGAUAAGGAAAAGGAACCAGGGAACCAGGACCUAGACAGUGGUGAACCACAGACUUCAGAUGACACAGCCGUCCCUGCUGAAAGUGUUGAUGCCAACCUCAGUGAUGACACAUUUAGAGAUAUUAUUAGUCAAGAUAGUCUCCUAAAUAAUUUGGAUCAUGGCAACAAGGACAGUGAUAGUGUAAAUAAUGAUAAUAGUCAAGAAAAUGUGCAGAAGGAGGAUGGUACUGUAAAAGAAACUGAAGAAGAUAGUUCUGAACCAGCGUCACAAAAUACUUCACAAGAUUCCGAACAGGAUGUUCCCACAAAAGAAGAAACUUCAGAUGAUAAAGAAAGUACAUCCCAAGAGGAUGAUGUAGAAAAUGUAAAAACAGAGGGUGAAAAUGCUGAAGCAACAGAGGAUAGUAAACCAAGUCAUAGCAAAGAUCAAAAUGAUUCAGUAGUUUCAGCUAAUGAUGAUGAGAAGAGAGAAAUAGGUAAACCAGAAUUUGAGACUGCCCCAAAUGUCUUGGAUGACUCGCAAGAAGAUCACACGCAGGCAUUAGACCCUUUCGACACACUUCUGAAAAGUACAGAUACAAACACAGAAUCAUCAAGCAAAGAUGCUAACACAACUGUGAAUAUAGAUGAAGAAGAUGAUGAUGACACCAAUGCAGAUCAAGGGCCAAGUGAAGCCCCUGCCCCUGAUGAAGAACAUCAAGAACCCGGAGCUGACGAAGAAGUUUGUUUGUUACCUGACACUGAGCGUGAGAUAUCGGAGGCUGACAAGGCAGAAGCUGAGAAAGUGUUGGCUGAGAAACGGAAACGUAAUGAAGAAGCAGCAUUAGCAGCAGUUCCCAAAGAAGAGGCAGAUGUGACAGAACCAGUAGAAGGGGCAUCGGAAGAAACAGUACAAACUGAAGACAUUCCUGAAAAUACUGACGCUACGGACGCAAACCAGAGUGAAGACGCGUUGCAAGAAAAUGGCGGUGACAAAGAAAAUGAGCAUGAGGAGACAGCAGAACACGAGGAGACUGAUCAUUGCCCUAUUAGACAAAUAAACGAAACGAGGGCAGCAUGUGUGCAGUGCGAAGAAACCACAGCCUGUAUAUACCGGUUUUCAAACAAAGACUCAAAUUACAGUUACAUUUGUUCCUCAAACUGUAUCAAGCCGUUUAUAGCAAAAAAUCCGGGAAUGUAUAGUGUGGUCGCUUCAUACAUGAUUGAGGAAAUCACACCAGAAAUAUUAACUUGUUCUGAAUGCGAAGAAAGAAAAAUGUGCUACUUUUUCUACAAUUUUGAUGGAGAGGACACAGUUUAUUGUUCAACCGAGUGCUUACACAGCAUGAUGGCAGAUGAGAGGGACAGGUAUACAUAUAAAUGGCGAAAAAUAACAGUAGAAGAAAAACAAUCGCCCAUAGAAGACACAUGCUGUGUGUGCAAAACAACCAAGCAGUGUGCAUAUGGUAUGCAUAGAUAUGGGCAAACUUUGUCUAUAUGUGAACAAACGUGUUUAAGGAAUUUGAACUCUAAGGAAAAUGGUAGGUACAUAUUAAAGAAGAAAAGGACUCCACGAAAUCUGACGCCUAAAACUCCGCGACAAAAUCCUCCUUUGUUAAAACUUAAAGUAAUUAGUAAUGCAACAGAUAAAUAUCUUGACGAAGCAUACAAAAUACAAGCGAAAACACCAGCAAUGGUGCAAGCAGCACGCGAUGAGAGAGAUCGGACGUUUUUACGCUCGUGUUACCAAUGUCAUUCAAUUCUGACAAAUGAAGAGAAAAUGCUGACAUGGGAAGCUAUGGACUUCUGCAAUGAAGUCUGCCUAGGAAAAUACCAGAAUAAAAUAGGUUCUAAGUGCGCUAACUGUAAAAAGGCUGUGCAGCAUACAAGUUUAGGGAAGUAUUGUGUGCGCUUCGGUUACGAUAUACGACAAUUUUGCAACUCAGGAUGUCUGGAAGAGUUUAAAAAAGGGUUAAAAAUAUGCUGUUACUGUCAGAAGGAUAUAUCAUCUGGUAAUGAAGGCUUUUUAGCUCCUGUUGGUGAUAAAGGCCAGUUUAAAGACUUCUGCUCACAGCAAUGUAUGGAAAAGUUCGAUCAGAUGAGUAAGAAUCCCAUACCCCAGCCGGUUUGGGCAAAGUGUGCAGUGUGUUCAUUAGAAAAAGCAACAACUAUUGAAGUUGAGGUUGGACAAGACAUUCAGCAAAGGCUGUGCUCAGAUCCUUGUUUUGCUGCAUUCAAAUUCGUCAAUAAUAUGUUUCCAGAUCAAUGCCGUUGGUGUAAAAAAUAUUUCGAAAGGAAAGUGAGCUUAUUUUUCACUAUUUACGAAACAUCAUCUCAGCCAUUUUGUUUCUGUUCCAAACUGUGUAUGAACAUUUAUAUAAGCAACUCUCGACAUAUAGUGCCCUGUAAUUGGUGUAAGGUGAAAAAGUACAACUUUGAUAUGAUAAGGAGGGGGCAGGCCAAUGGGCUGAUGAUAAUGAUGUGCUCUCUCAACUGUCUCACGCUCUACCAGGUUUCGGUUAAUGCUGUUUCUUCUAGAAGAAUGAAAUGUGACAUGUGCAAGUUAUGGGCAAUGGCGCAGUACCAUCUCACGAUGUCAGACGCAACUGUGCGGAACUUCUGUACGUACCAGUGUGUCAUGAGUUUCCAGGGACAGUAUUCAAAGCAAGCACCACAAGAGGUGGCAGGCGACGCCGUUGAACAACCGAAGGCUGUACCAACCGGUGCCCCGAGGAGAACAUACGCCCCCGCCCAUAAGAAUAAUUCCUCUAAAGCACAAACAAGAUCUGGACUACCGGUUAUAUCGAACGUGCUAUCGCUCGCACCCGCACCCUCUGUACAAGUGACACGUGCCAAAUCGAAACGAAAUCAACCUCCUCCCCCUCCCCCGCCGGAGCCGGAACCCCCUCAGUCACCUAAGACACCUCCACCCCCGCCAAAACCACCAACACCACCUCCGCCGCCACCCCCAAAAAUAUACAACCAUGUAAUAGUUAAAACGUUACCGCCCAACGAAGUCGCAAAUAAAGCUACCAUGUCUAAACCAAUGAUGGUAUCAAAAGGUGUCUCCUGCCGUCCCCAUCCAUGCACAAAAGAAUGUCAAACUGACUCGAGUCUAGAACGGAAAGUACUUAUUCCAGUCCCCGUCCCCAUAUACGUCCCCGUACCCUGUGUUAUGUGGUCAUUGCCCUUCCCCAUACCUAUUCCCAUACCGCUACCUAUCCCGACUCCUGUAUUUAUACCAACAACGAGGAAUUCUGCGAAGGGGAUUAUGAAGGAAAUUAAUAAGAUACACGAUAAAAUGCCGACCGAUCCGUUUGAAGCUGAACUAUUGAUGAUGGCUGAAAUGGUUGCUGGUGAUAAGAAGAAGGAUCAGAGCGAUUCUGAUACAGAGGAAGAAAAUGAGGAAGGGUUCAGUCCUGUAGGCGGUAUAGACGGUAACAAUGCCUUCGGGGAAGACAUGCUUCAGAUGGCGUUGAAGAUGGCCACAGAGUAUGAAGACCAGCCCGUUGACCUGGAGUCCGCUAUGACAGCUAACACAAUCACACCCAGUUCACAUCCAGGAUUACCAGGUUUAGAAGGCGAGGCAAUGCACCAACACAUGAUGGCGCUAGAACAGCAACGCGCAGUGGCAGCACUGCGGGCGUCUAGCGUGGCCGGGGUGAACGCGGGCGCUGCCAGGAAAAGGGCACCUCCUCCCGCCGCCAGUCGAACGAGGAGUUCGAAGCGACGGAGAGAACCCGCGCCUGCGCCUGCCCCCGAACCGCCCCGCGAGCCGCAGGAGAAGCCAGAUGCGAAUAUGUGUCUAAAGUACACAUUCGGAGUGAACGCAUGGAAGCAAUGGGUCAUGACGAAGAACGCGGAAAUCGAGAAGAGUUCGAUACGACGGAAGCCGUUCAAGUCGGAGAUCCUGCAGCUGACCGCAGACGAGCUCAACUAUUCCCUUUGCCUCUUCGUCAAGGAGGUGCGGAAACCCAACGGUAGCGAAUACGCACCGGACACUAUUUAUUAUUUGGUUUUAGGUAUACAGCAAUAUCUCUUUGAAAAUGGUAGGAUAGACAACAUAUUCACAGACCCGUACUAUGAAAAAUUCACGGAUUGUUUGGACGAGGUUGCGAGAAAGUUUUCAGUUUUAUACAAUGACUCACAAUACAUAGUAACUAGGGUUGAAGAAGAACAUUUAUGGGAGAGCAAACAGCUAGGAGCACAUUCACCACACGUUUUGCUAUCCACACUUAUGUUUUUCAACACUAAACAUUUUAAUCUUGUUACCGUAGAUGAGCACAUGCAGUUGUCCUUUUCGCACAUAAUGAAGCAUUGGAAACGUAACCCUAAUCAGCCGGGUCAAGCCAAGAUACCCGGCUCCAGGAAUGUAUUGCUGCGAUUCUAUCCUCCACAAUCAGCGCUUGAGGCGAAUUCAAGAAAAAAGAAAGUGUAUGAACAACAAGAAAACGAAGAGAACCCUUUAAGGUGUCCUGUGAAAUUAUACGAGUUUUAUAUUUCAAAAUGUGUUUUUAACUCCAAUAGCCCAGAAUCUGUUCGUACAAGGAACGAUGUCUUCUACCUACAACCUGAAAGGUCUUGUGUACCAGACUCGCCAGUGUGGUACUCAACGCAGCCACUUAGUCGCGUCGCGUUAGCGAAGAUGCUGCACCGCGUCAAAAUGGUCAAGGAGAUAAACAUAGCACUCCUCACCAGCUAGGAUUUCAUCAUACAAUCAUUUGGUGGCAUGAAAGAAGUUGGGACAGCUUUUUGCAAAUUCCUACCACAUCCUUGCGGAGCUUUACUUAGGAGGCAACAGCGGUGUUGAUUCAUGAACAGUUUCCUUAUGGUUGUAAACGUGGUAACAAUGUAUAUUUUUUCUACUUUGUAUAUCAGUCUGCAAAAGGACAGUCUAACAUAGUAUAUGAUAGAUUUUUUUGAAAUGUUGCAAUGAGUUUAGAAUUAAGAAUUCUGUGCGGGGAAUGUUAUGUAUGUACAGAUUUUAUUUGAACUUAGAAAUACGUCGUUUUAUUUUCGCCGCAUUAUAUUUAUAUUUUAACUUUUUAAUGUGUCAACUAAUCCUUUAAUCACAUUACAAUUUCUUGGUGGAAUCAUUAUUAAAUUUGUAAAUACCCACGCUAAGCGUAAUGCGAAAUACAUCAUGUAAUUGUUUUAAUUUCGAAAAUGUAUAGAUACAUUCAUAAUUAUUGAUUAACGGACUUGAGAUUCGUUGAUCCUCAGUGCUAGAAAUGAAUUAAUGAAUUUAUAUUACGUUUAUGUAAUACGGAUUGCAUAUUUUGAUAGAUUUUAGAUGUAAGAGAAAAAUUCCAUGAUUUUUUAGUGAGGAUGCACACUUUCGUUGUAGUAGCAUUCGUUUUAUAAAUCGUAAAUAUGACUAUAAUAUUCACACAGAUAGAAAUUUUUAUUAAAAAAUUAAAUAAAUUUAUGUAAGGAGCCAGAUUCGUAUAAUAUUUUAAGUAUAUAAGCGUCAGUUGCGAGGUUGAGGUAGUUUAUUACUGUGUAAAAAGAAUACUGAUUCUCG